UAAUAAAAUGAACUAUAUAAGCUUUGAAGAGGUGAUAACCCCCAACAGACAGGUCUUUGAUUACAGUAAAGAUCACACAGAAAUGCUUGAUAUUAUCCGCGAGCAGUCUCGGCUUAUAGAGGAGUAUCGUGACAGAAUCCAGGAACUUACAGACCAAAAUUUCCAACAAUGGAGGAAGCUAAAACAAUGCAAAUGUCAGAAGAGAAAAACCCAAGUUAAUUUUAUGUCUAUUCAGAGCUGAGAAGUCCAAAUUCCAGGAAUGAAGGAAGAACAAGAUCAAGAUGACUCUAAUAAGAAAAACUUUGAAAGCAAAGGAAAUAAGAAGAUCGAAACUGAGCCUGACUAUAAAUCAACCGCGGACAGAUCAUUCUUGCCUUCACCUAAAAGAACUCAUCGUCGAAGAAGGGUAAUUAUUGAUGAAGAGUCAGUAAUCAGUGAUGGACGAUCCUUAAAAUUAAUGGGUAGUGAAAGAUCAUUUUGUAAAUCACCUCUUACAGAUUACUUACAGCCAGAGAGCUUUCUGUCUAGUAAAGAUAUCACUUAUACUUUUAACGAGCUGCAGACUUCUUCAGGAAAGAAGCAAUCUAGUAUCCUAAGUUUUCAACAAUUACCAAGUGAUUGCAAGGUUGAACAAGUGCCUUGAGUUUCAGUAAAAUUAGCUUGCCCAACUGCCGCCUCAAAGGGUGCAAAAUCAAGGGUUAAAUCCAAAAGGGAGAUGGAGCUCCAUUUCCUUCUAGAUGAGUUGAACCAAAUUUCUAACCCCUCUUCACCUUCAAGCCAGUGGUCAAAGCCGAACAUGGAGCUACAAGACAAUGAGAGAGUGACGUUGAGGGAUUAUACCUCGAUGACUACUAAUUUUCAGAGAUCUAAGUCAUCUCUCAUGUAGAACUCGUCUUACUGAAUAAUGAGCAUUCAAUAU